GUGCCCGUUGACGUUUGAAAUAAACCAGUGUGAAACUAGCUACCGUGUUGUUCGUACGCGCGCCCUUCCUUCGCCUUCCUUACGAAUCUAACACGUGGCGACGGGCGAUUCCACGCGAAAUAUAAUGUCUGCAGGCGUGUCCUUCGGACUUUUAUCGGGGUUUGACCACUUAACACAAGAGUGGAAUAGUUAUAAAUCCCGGUUGAAUCAGUGGUUCAUCGCAAAUGAUGUGGACGAUGUCAAGGACAAGUGCAAGGUCAAGCGGAAAGCAAUUUUGCUCAGCGCGUUUUCGGAAGCAACGUACAAAUUAGCUAGUAACCUGGUAUUACCGAAAGAGUUAGAUGAAGUGGAAUUCGACGACAUCAUAAAAAUAUUGGAUGAGCAUUUCACUCCGAAAAAGUGUGGAUUUGCGGAGAGAUUUCACUUCUAUUCUGCGGUACAAAGGCCAGGCGAAAGUCACUCAAUGUGGGCGGCCAGAGUCAGGGGAUUGGCAGCACACUGCAGCUUUAAAAGUCUCGAGGAGGCCGUACUGGACAGAUUUGUCAUGGGUAUGGUAGCAGGCCACGAGAAGGACAAGCUAUUUGCGCAGAGUUUGAAAGAGUUAACUCUCAGCAAGGCGGUGGAGCUGGCGGAGAGCGUGCGGUGCGCGCGCGAGGCGGCAGCAGCGCUGGGCGGCGCCCGGUCAGCGGCAGCGGCGGCGCCGGCGGUCGGCGCGGGCGGCGCGCCGGUAUUCAGCAUCACCAACGGCGAAAAGUGCAGUGUGUGCGGUUACAGCAAUCAUAAAGCUGACAAGUGUCGUUUUAAAAGUUAUAAAUGUAAAAAGUGCGGUAAAAAAGGCCAUUUGCGUCGUAUGUGUUCGUCAAAUAAAGUUCAUUACGUUGAUGAAGAGUCGGUGGAUGACGGUGAUGAUGUGUUCGCAGGCUAAACAUUACAGUGG